AUGGAAGGCGACAAGAGAAAACUCUUCGAUUCUCAUGACUCAGCAAUUCUCCCCGGAUCUCACUCAAGGAAUAGCGAUGGUACUGUUAGAGAAGGCGAGAAAAACGAAUUACAGACAGGUAUAUCAUAUGACGGGCCAUGUACUCUCUGCGAAGAAGAUAAGAAAGCAUUUAGUCGUUAUAGGUGGAGAUUAACUGCUGGACUUAUGUUACCAUAUAUGGUGCAAGCACUAGAUCUUACCAUUAUUGCCGGUGCUUUACCUUUCAUUGCUUCGGACUUCAACCAACUUUCACAACUCAAUUGGAUUAUCUCCGCGUUCAAUCUAACAGCAACAACUUUUAUACCCGCUUGGGGUCAACUCGCUGAUAUAUUUGGCCGAUAUGGAGCUCUCCAGGCAGCCUUGGUUCUCACAUUGAUCGGAAGUGCCCUUUGUGCCGGCGCGCCUGUAACUGCUUUUACUAUGUUACUUUUUGGUCGAGCUCUUCAAGGACUUGGGUGUUCCGGACUCCUAGUCUUGACCAAAGUACUUCUUGCCGAUAAAGUGUCUUUGAAGGAAAACGCGAAAAACAACAGCUCAUUCGCUAUCGUCAGUGGUGUUUCUUACGGAGUGGGACCUGUCAUCGGAGGAUACUUAACUCAAGUUUCGUGGCGUUGGUGCUUCAUCAUCAACAUUCCAAUUGCACUGGUGGGUAUGAUUGGGGCACAUUUUCUUCUUCGACCAUUGUUACUUGGGCCUCAGACAAUCAGACGAACAGACGAUAAUACCGAAAUGGAAGGUACCCAGACAUUCGUGAGAAGACUUUCCACAAUCGACUUCGGAGGACAAUUCUUGUUUCUCUUUGGAAUGGGUCUAUUCAUUCUCGCCAUAACCUGGGCUGGAGCUUACUACCCCUGGUCCGAUGUCAAAGUUAUCAUUCCCCUUGUUCUCGGAUCUCUGGUUCUCAUCCUAUUUCUCGUCUGGGAAUACCUUAUGAUGCCAGGCUCAGCAUUAGCAAUCCGAUACCCCUAUCGCCGCGCCAUGCUCCCCAUCAAGCUGAUUUUGAGUCGAAAUGCUGGUCUCUUGAUGUACAUCAAUUUUAUCACCGGCAUGGCAAUGUACGCCGUCUUCUACUUCGUCGACCUCUAUUUCGCCCUCGUCCUACAAUUUUCCCCCGGUGAAGGAGGCAAGAAUCUUCUUUACUACAUUCCUGGUCUAGGAGGCGGCGUCUACCUUGCUAUCUUUACCUGCAAUGUAUUCCCGCGCCAAACAUGGUAUCCACUCUUCUUCGGUACCGUCAUCGAACCCCUCGGCAUCACCAUCCUCGCUGCAGCUCUUUCUUGGGGUCAUCUCCCCACUAUUUACGGCAUGCUCGCUUUAACAGGCGUCGGUACUGGGAUUCGACUCAUGCCUGGUACCCUGCACGCUAUAGCUCAUUAUCCGACCCAAAUCGCACCGCUCGUCUCGAUGAUGUCUCUUUCUUCAUCUCUGGGUGGUACACUGGCUCUAACAAUCAUGCUCAAUAUCUUCAAUAACCAUCUCUCCUCAGCUGGUAUCUCAGUAUCCGGUACCACGACCUCGAGCUUCUCGGGUAUAUCAACUUUUUCAUCAUCAGAACAGGAUUACGUGAGAGAAAUGGCGAAAAAAGGUAUAAUAUUAGCUUUCUAUGCUAUCUCAGCUUUCUUAUGGUUGGGUGUGGGCGCAAGUGUGGGGCUGGGAAAUGCGUGGAUUGCUAAAGAGGGGGAGGAGGGGGUUGUUAAUGCAGAUGGGGAAGAAAAGAUGGGGAGGACAUGCGAGGGAAGUUUUAUUGGGAGCUUAGUGAGGAGUAAGGGUGGAGACAAGGAGGCAAAGGGUUAA